AUGGUAGCACAGGAGCAGGUUCUUGCUGCACCGAGAAUAAAUGUUCAGCGAUUUGUUGAAAUUAUCACCUCACCCAUAUUUCCGGAGCAGGAAUCUAAGGAAUGGGUUCUACAACAUCAGAAUUUCGCUGUACAGGCGUGCUUUGCCUACGUUUUUGUUAUCUUUGGAAUAAAAUAUGUUGUCAUGCGAAAUCGGGCACCUUUUGAUUUGACACUGCCACUGAACAUUUGGAAUGCGCUCCUUGCACUGUUCAGCAUUAUGGGGACCGUUAUGCUUUUUCCAGAAUUUAUUGGGACUAUUCAGAAUAAUGGUUUUCAAGCUUCUUACUGUAAGGUUUAUGGUUUCACCAAGGGAUCAAACGGUUUCUGGGGUUGGCUGUUCAUUGUAUCAAAGCUAUUCGAAUUGGCUGAUACGGUAUUCUUAGUUUUGCGGAAGAAACCACUUAUGUUUCUUCACUGGUACCACCACAUUCUCACACUCAUUUAUGCUUUUUACUCCUAUCCGCACACUCCUGCAUUUAACCGUUGGGGCAUUUUCAUGAAUUUCUUCGUACAUGCUUUUAUGUACAGCUACUACUUUCUCUGUUCCAUGAAAAUGCGAAUUCCACGUGGUGUCGCUGUGUUCAUAACAUCACUUCAAAUUCUACAAUUUGUACUCAGUGUAUUGAUACUUGCACACCUUGGAAUAUUAAUUUAUGUCAGGAAGAUCGACUGUGAUUUCGAUGACAGUAUUUUCAAAUUGGCGCUCUUCAUGGAUGUUACUUAUUUGAUUCUUUUCGUCAACUUUUUCUGCAAAGCUUAUGUAUUCGGUGGUGGUAAAUCGAAAUACAAAAUUGACAAAAAGAAGCAGUAA